AUGGUUGCAGGCAAAAAUCUGGCCGAUUGGUUACUUUUUUAUGAGCCUGAAGUAAUAAAAUUUAAAAUUGCUCUCCGCAAAUUCUUCCAGCUUCGUCCCCCGUCUCCGCGGACCUGCUGCGAGCAGGAUCCAGCGAUUUUAUUCCCUCUGGAGAGAGCACGCCAAGCUUCUGGUUUCUUCUUCCUGGCUGACCUGCUGAAUGAUGAGGCUGACAACUACGAGUACUAUGAUGAGUACACGCAACCAGAGCAGGACCCCUUCCAACAGCAGCAGCCCUCGGAAGACCCUGACUGGUUUGAGGCAUUUUUUGGCUACAGCGACACCACAAAAGCAGACCCAUGCUCUUCCAGCCCCUGCAAGAACAACGGUAGGUGUGAAAACAGUGGAAGCAGCUUCAGAUGUCUCUGCCCUGAGCCAUUUGCUGGGACUACGUGCGAGAAAGUGACAGACGUGUGUCUGGAGAAGAAGUGCCAUGGGGGACACUGCCUGAUUACAUUAACCCCACCUUAUUAUCAGUGUCGCUGCAUUCAUCCCUAUAAACCACCUGACUGCCACCGAGCAUCUUCCCCGUGCAGACCAAACCCCUGCAAAAAUGGAGGUGUCUGUAUACGUCACAGAGUCAGAUCAAAAUUCACCUGCAAGUGCCCUGAACCUUUCAGAGGGAGAUUCUGUGAGAUCGGACUGGAUGACUGUUAUGAAGAGCCCUCCUCUGAGUACAGGGGAAGAGUGAACCAAGCAGUGAAUGGCAAGACCUGCCUCCACUGGAAUUCCCACGUUCUCUUGCGCUACCCUAUCAAUGCUUUCAUGGAGGACGCUGACGCUUACGGCAUCGGUGAACAUAACUUCUGCAGGAAUCCCGAUGAGGAUGAAAAACCCUGGUGCUACAUCAGAAAAAAUGACAAAGUGGAAUGGGACUUCUGUGACAUUUCACCCUGCUCAGAAACAGCUGAAAAGACCCCGUGGCCAACAGACAGCCCAGCAGACCCACCUGGAUCAAAUGAAAUAUUUAAAACUUGUGGACAACCAGAAAUUCAGAGGUCACUCAAGAGGAUCUACGGCGGAGCUAAGACCACAGCUGGCAAACAUCCCUGGAUGGCAUCUCUGCAGAGAAAGACUCCAAAAAGGAGCAGACAUUUCUGUGGUGGAGUGCUAAUUAAAGCAUGCUGGGUUCUUACUGCCGGGCACUGCAUUGACCAGCCAGCAGAAAAUCUCCAAGUAGCCCUUGGAAAGCAAGACCUCAAGAAAAGCGAGCAUCAAGAGCAAAUAUUUGAUGUGGAGAAGAUCAUUGUGCAUUACAAAUACAGAGAGAGGAAUGGUGUGCCAUACAAUGAUAUUGCAUUACUUAAAUUGAAGCCAGUUGACGGUCGCUGUGCAGUGGAAACAAAGUAUGUGAAAACGGCGUGCCUGCCGAACUUCCUCCUUCCUGUAGGGACUGACUGCUUCAUUUCUGGUUGGGGCACGACGGAGAGAGAUGACAUAUCCCAUCAGCUGUUAGAUGCCAACGUCAAGCUGAUUUCGCAGAGGAAAUGCAAUGCACCCAGAGCACAUGACAACGUACUGGAUGAAAGCAUGUUUUGUGCAGGAAACCUUCAGAGACCCGGAGCUGAUUCUUGUCAGGGAGACUCCGGAGGCCCGCUGACUUGUGUGGAAAACGGCUCCUACUACAUAUACGGCCUCGUGAGCUGGGGGGAUGGGUGCGGGUUAAAAAACAAGCCAGGAGUUUAUACCCAGGUGACAACGUUUCUCAGUUGGAUUAAAUCCAAAAUUCGGUCUGAGUCAAGGUCACUUAAUUAG